AUGGACCCUUAUUCAUCUGGAGAAGACCUUGUUGUUAAGACAAGGAAACCUUAUACUAUUACCAAGCAACGGGAGCGAUGGACUGAAGAGGAGCAUAAUAAGUUCUUAGAAGCCCUCAAGCUCUAUGGUCGUGCUUGGCAGCGUAUAGAAGAACAUAUUGGAACCAAGACUGCUGUGCAGAUCAGAAGUCAUGCACAGAAGUUUUUCACCAAGUUGGAAAAGGAGGCCAAUGUUAAAGGAGUUCCAGUUGGGCAUGCACUUGACAUUGAUAUCCCUCCACCACGACCUAAGAGGAAACCGAGUAGUCCUUAUCCUCGAAAGAAAGGUGUAGGAACUCCUAGUCCCCAGGUGGCAUUGAAGAAUGGGAAUACACCAUGCUCGGUUUCUUCCUCAUGUCAUAGUAAACUGACAAUAGCUUUGGAGAAAGAACCUGGAGAGGAACCUAAUGAUGAUGAAAAGUCAGAUAAUGGUAAUAAUGAGCUCAGUACGGUGCCUUGUUCAUCCCCGUCUCCAGCUGAUGCAUCUAAAAAGCCGUGUAACUUUACACAAUAUGUCCCCCUCUCGAAAGAAGCAAGCAAUCACAAUGGAACUGCUUCAUCUCAAAUCACGGUUGAAGCCCACGGAGUAAACUCUGACUACAAACAACCUUUAUUCAAUGUCUCAAAUGGCGCCGACUCAUACCCCACCUCACACGACGAGAAGUCCAUGCAUUGUGAGAAGACAACCGAAAACAUGGAGAAAUUGUCAACUGCUGACGUGCAAGCCUCGACAAACAACUACCCACGUCACGUCCCCGUGCACAUUCUUGACGGAAGCUUAGGAUUCACUGGACUGAAUACCUCACCAGAUAUGUCCGCUGCAGCUGACUCUACAUUUAGUCAAACAGGAGUGGCCCACGCUCAUCAGAACCUAUUCAUGAAUCAGCCUGUCCCUGCUACUUGUGAAAAUCACCAUCAUAAUCAUACCACAUCGAGAUCCUCAAACCAAUUGUUUUCCUGUUACCAUCCGCCAAUCUUCACUCCCAUCCAGAACCAAAACGACUACUACCAUUCAUUUCUGCACAUUUCUACAAUGUUCUCGAGCCUUUUAGUGUCUGCUUUGUCACAAAACCCCGCAUCCUAUGCUGCGGCCAGAUUUGCCGCCUCUUUGUGGCCAUGCACGAACAGCAUGGAAGCUCCAGUAGUCUGUGUAGCAGGAGAACCGUCCUCUACAGCUUCAGCCAGUUCGACUCCUCCUAAUCCUACUCCAAGUAUGGCGGCAAUUGCAGCAGCCACAGUAGCAGCUGCCACCGCAUGGUGGGCCGCCCAUGGGCUGCUCCCUCCUUUACCAUGUUCACCUUUUCACCCUCCUCCGAUGAACAACAACCAAGGAAGACCAGAAAACGGUCCUGAUAAACCUCCUACUGUCUUAUUAGGCCAACAACAGCUGGAGCCGGAAUGCUCUGAUGUUCUCUUGAUGAUGCAUGAACAACAGCAACAGCAUCCGGUUCCUAAAACGACUGUUGUAUCAUCAUCCGAAUCCGAAGCGAGUGCUGAUGCAGGACCGAUUGUUGCCGAAGUACCUGCAAAACAUGUGGAUACUGAAGCCAAGAACACAUCCAAUAACAAAAAGCCAGAAAAGCCUGCAGACCGCUCCUCGUGCGGCUCUAACACGCCCUCGGGCAGUGAUGUGGAGGCGGGUGCAAAAGGUGAAGACGACGAAAAGCAGAAGAAUGAGAAAGAGGCUUCCGAAGACCCUUUUAGCCGACGUUGCAGAAGCACCGCAAGCUACGUGAACGAUUCCUGGAAGGAAGUAUCUGAAGAGGGAAGGCUGGCAUUCCAAGCGCUUUUUUCUAGAGAGGUAUUGCCCCAAAGUUUUUCGCCUCCGCAAGAUGAUGUCAAGAACAAAGGCAAUAAAAUGUUGUCUAUAAAGGAAAAUGCGGAGAAAGAUGAAAACAGGCUGCAGCUUGACCUUAACGGUACCUGUCCCCACAAACAAGAGGGAGAUAACAAUGUCUCUCUGAUUAAUGGUAACAAAGAGGGGACUCUAACCAUAGGGCACGGACAAGUUAAGUUAAAAGCUCGACGGAACGGAUUCAAACCUUACAAGAGAUGCUCGAUGGAGGCUAAGGACAUUCCGGUCACAACCAGCAACCAGGAUGAAGAGAAAGGAAGUGGGAAAAUUGUGAGAGUACAUCUCAGGAAUCAGUCGCAACAGGCAGCUUUGGGGAAGCGACGCUAUUCCAGCCUAGCCGGGGGUCGGAGGCCCUUUUUUGCUCAAUCCUCUGCCUCGAGGAAGGUAGCCGUUGGCCCGCGCCCCUUUUUUGCUCAAUCCUCUGCCUCGAGGAAGGUAGCCGUUGGCCCGCGCCCACAGCCUUUUUCUGGCCUGGUUUUGUGCACUGUCCAUCCACGUUUCCUCCUGCCCCCAACCGGCCGUUGGAGCCCCUUGGCCUGUCGCUUCUUCCUCUUUGAGUCUGGACGUCAUCUCUCUGUCGUGCCGUGCGCGGACGUGUGGUGUAGUUCCUUACUGGGCUUUGGUGUUGGGCUCGUCAAGUGUGCCGUGUCGAGCAAUCCCCAAGGCAUCCUCCCCCGGUCCAUUGCAUAG